AUGGUGCUGAGUAAGGUGCUCGGUGGGGCCAAGUGGACGGCUGAAACUGUUGUCGGAGCUGUUCGGGCCGUUGCUAAUACUAAGGAUCCCAUUCCUCCUACGGAUUUGCACCCACGUAUGCCUGCUCGGCCAUGGACUGCCCAGGAAUAUCUACGUAUGUGGUCGUGGCGUCAUUGCUGGAAGUACAUGCCUGUGUUCCGCUUCUAUAUUUUUUCCGGCAUUAUUGUUUUUGCAUUCUUCAAAUUCGUCGUACCACUCAAACCACGUCAUCUUGUCAUGUAUGGCAGAGCCAGGGCCAAUCUUGAUCGUCACGAGGCUGAACACUGGUACGGUGUCCGGCAAAAGAAAGCAGACAAGGAGUAUUUUAAGAAGUACAAUCCGCUUAAGAAGGAAGGAGAAGUUGAAGUUGGAGGACACUAG